CUGUCAACAUGACUCCUGGAGGUGUGGUCACAGCCGCGCUCCUCUGCCGCAUACUGGGCCUGCUUAGUUCAGCUCCAGCUGCCCAUGCUCGCAGAAAGAGUGCCUGUUGUUUGAGUUACUACAGGAAGCCUCUACCCUUCCACCUCAUAAAGACCUACACAGAACAACACCACUGGGAAAACUGCCACCUCGACGCUAUCAUUUUUGAAACAAUAAAGAACAAGAGGGUAUGCACCACAAAAAAGGAUGACUGGGUGAGGGAAGCCGUGGCCCGACUCAGUAAAACGAAGAAGACGUCCAAGGACAGCCCUGCCAAAGGUGGAGCCGUGAUGAAGAGAAGAAUUUCCUCAACUGAUCCUGGGGACAGAUCAAUCCUCAGUGGCAACAAAAAAUUCUCAGAUGUGUCUGGUAGCGCUCGAAACUUUUCUGCCAGUAACGCAACAGCAACCCCCACCAAAGCAGGUGCCGUCUCCAAUCACACUGAAGCUUUCUAUUAGCCCAGCCUCAUUCAAACCAUUCAUGUUUUGUGACCCCUGUGACCCCUUGGCACCUUGGGAGCCCCAAAAAGUGGUUGUGUAAGAUCUCCGACAAUUUCAGUUAAAUAGAUGAUGUUAUGGAAAUAUUAAAUUAGCUCACUGAAAUCUAAUUAUUUUUGAGUGCUGUCUUGGAGAAAACAUGCUAGUAAGUCCUAUUUACACCUGCUUUUACGAGCCUAUUGGGUAAGUGGUGUCGGCCCUAAAGUUGCGUACUCAUGAGUCAAGGGGGCCCUAAGGAGAGUAAUUUGGGGACCACAGCUGUAGACUAUGGCUUCAGUCAUUUAGCAAAUGUAUAACCGGAAGUCUGUCUUUUUUAAUCAUGCUUUUCGACUGCGCUUUUUCCUAAUGAGCUUAACACCUCAUGAGGACACACUGCCAUUAUUAGCUAUAUUCUGUGAAUUUACUACUUCACUAUAUGUGUGUGCCUUUAAAUGCUAUUUUAUCAUG